GGCAUGGGUGACGCAGCGCAGCCCCCGCGGCCCGGGAUCGGCGUGGGGGUGGUGGUCACCAGCCCCGCGCACCCCAACUGCGUCCUCCUGGGCAAGAGGAAAGGCCCGGUGGGGGCCGGCACCUACCAGCUCCCCGGAGGCCACCUGGAGUUCGGGGAGAGCCUGGCGGAAUGCGCGGCGCGGGAGACGCUGGAGGAGGCAGCGCUGCCGCUGCGCAACAUCCGCUUCGCCUCCGCCGUCAACUCGGUGUGCGCCGCCGCCCGCUACCACUACGUCACCGUCCUCAUGAAGGGCGAGGCGGAGCCGGGGGCGGAGCCGCGCAACCGCGAGCCCGAGAAGAACGAGGGUUGGGAAUGGGUUAAAUGGGAUGAAUUUCCUCCAGCAGAUCAACUGUUCUGGGCCUUACGCUGUUUAAGAGAGCAAGGUUACAAUCCUUUUACAGAAGAGCUCAAUCAUCUAAAGGGGUACACGGGAAGUCACCAACUAGUGUAAAAACUAAUUGUACGUUACGUAACAAACUAAAGGACAGACCUGCUUUUUUGGUGUAAAAGAGAAAAGGAUAUAUCAUGCUCACUCUGCCCAUGUGAAAAUAUUACCCUUCCCAAAGCCAAAGAGAUGCCAAAUGUUUCAGUGCUUUUACCAUAUUUCAGAUGACAGUUGUCUCUCAUUCCAGAACUGCUUCUAGCUUUAGUGGUUAACAAUGUUUUCUUUUAUAGAGAACUCACAGGGUUUUCUCUGGUUAAUCUUUAUAUAGAUGAAUAGACCUUUGCAAGUCAGAACUAGUCAGAGAAGCUUACUCACUUGGAAACAGUUACGGCAUCAGGCGCUAGAGAAACAGAGUUGUUGAAACCACUGUCCUGUUUUCUAUGUAAAACUGCUUUGUGUAUCAUGCUGCUUUCCUGUAAUUAUAAAUCUUGGACCAAUUUUUAAACUUAGCCUUGUCUCAUAGCUUCAGUUAAGAUACUGUCAUGAACAAAAGUCCCAUUUUACAGGCAGUGCCUCAUUCUCCUGCAAACAAUAGUAGAUACUUGAAAACCACAGUGUUAUGAACAUGAGAAGGUUGUGGUGGCUUGUUGCAGGAAAUGAAAAUUCCCUGACCCUUCCUGCCACCCACUUCCAUGACAGAGUUCUGUUUGCAGCCUCAAUUACGUCAGAAUUUAUCUGCAGAAGUGUUUCAGAUCUCUGCAGUUGAUCUUAAUUCCUGAUCACAUUACUAAACUUUUAAUAGUUUAAUGGAGAGGUGCCGACAGUGUUCUACUAGGCUGACACAAAUAACACUGUGCAAACUAACCUCAAUUAUAGGUGUAGCUCUACGGCAGACAGUCAUACCUUUUGGCUAAAGAGGGUUGUCACUAUUAAACAGCACAGAUGGGUGUAAUUCUCUAUGGCUACUGGGAUUUGAUAAAUUGUUAAUUUUCAGUUUGAUGUGACUAAAUGAUUGAAUUGGUAGUGAAUGAAAUCACAGUACACAAAGAUAUAUACAAAACCAAGGAGUUUAUAUUUUUCAUUUUUUCUAGAAUCUGUAACCAAAUUUGAUUCUUUUCCAGCUGUAGUCAUUAGGACAUCAGCAAUUAAUUUUAGGAUAUGACUUUUUAAAAAAUCACUAAUUGGCUUUUUUAAAACAGAGUUUUUGUCUGUUUCCUUUAGAUAUACCCAUUGUACAAAAUGUUCGAGAUACCUUUAAUUUUUUUUGAAUAAAACAUAAGCACAAUAUUGAAAGA